AUGAGGAUUCUCAUGUUUAACAUGCUUCUGCUCUUUUCAAAUUUAUUCAAAAUUAUGCAUGCAUUGGGUCAGUGUCUUCCCGAUCAAAAGUCUGUGCUUCUCCAGAUACGAAGUGAAAUCACUUACAAUUCUUCGGAAUCCACCAAGUUGGUUCUGUGGGAUGAAGGAGCUGACUGCUGCCGAUGGCCAGGUCUGAGUUGCAAUGCUGCUACUGGAUUUAUUACUACUCUUGACCUCAGCGACGAUGACUCAAUCACGGGUGGCUUCAAUGUUUCUCUCUUGUCUAAGCUGCCAUCACUUUCUGUUAUUAGGCUUGAUGGGGUCAACUUCUCUGCUCGAUUUCCAGACUUCUUCACGGAUUUCACCAAUCUCACUGUUUUGAGCUUGAAAUUUUGCAACUUCAGUGGAACAGUCCCUCACAAAGUAUUCCAGGUACCAACUCUGCAAACCAUUGACUUAUAA